AAAAGAGAAGAGACGGGAGGUCGGUUCCUUCUGCCUCGUACUACCGCCGUAACCCUAACCCUAACCCCUAGAGCAGAUCCAGCCAGCCGCAGUGCGAGCGUCACCGGCGUCUCCUCCGCCCCCUACCUCAAAAAAGAUAAAGCCGGAGAAACUGGAGGUAGGUUCUUUCCGCCUCGUCGUAACACCCUAAGCCAUACAUCAGAUCUAGCCCGCCGCAAUGCGAGCGUCGUCGGGAUCUCCUCCUAUCCCGACCUCGAAGGGGGAGGGUUUGAUGGAAGUUGAAUCGGAUCAAGAUCAGGAUGAUUGUGAUGUGAUGAUUGAGCCUGCCGCUGCCCUCAGGGGUCUCUAUGCGAUGAUGGUCUCAUGGUGUGACCAAUUCCUUGAUAUUGAUAUUGAUAUUGAGGAGGAAGGGGAUAGAUCCGUUCCUCCCUUGUUGAUGAUCCACUUUCCCCGUCUUUUUGAGAGAGCAUGGGGAAAUAAUCGCCUAUAUCCUCAAGCUUUAGAUGACUGGUGUCCGUAUCGUGCAUACCUCCAGAAGUUCUGCGAUCAUAAUGCUCCUCGUUAUCAUGAUCCCGAUGCCUACAAGUUGGAAGUGUAUGGAUCAGGAAAUUAGAUUGAAGUCUGAGUGGCUGUACAAGCACACCCAUGUCCCCCAUGAUGAGAUCAGUCUGAGUGACAAUAUCCAAAACUGCGCUUAUGAACUUAUCCGUUCCAACAGCGGUGAAGGAGAUUCUCCUAUUUCCAUGAUCGCUGCCACAUGUGUUGCGAAGGAGAGCGAGUUGAUCGUUGAGAGGCUGAGCUGUCAUCCCAGUCUUCUGGACCCUGAAGAAUCACCCCACGAGAGCACACAGAUACGGAUGUUUGCCUUAAGUUGCAUGAAAGGUUCUCAGGCUUGUUCUGAUGCUGCUCUUCUGGUUAAAAAAGCUGCCCUGCUGGGCAUUACAAUUGAAGCUGGCUUGAUGACUCGGAACCUGAGGGAUAAGUAUUAUGACUCCAACGUAUCCUACCUGAACAGAUUGAUCCGGCGCUUUGCCUUAGAAGUUGUAAGGCAAAAAUUUGACGGAUCUCUUGAACAUUCUGCUCAUGAUGAUUAUCGGUAUGAUUUUGUUGCUAGACUUGAAGAAGAUGCUGAGAAUCAUUGUAGGGACAGCCUUGUAAACUCUGAUCCAGCUUCUGAGGAGAAAGGAAAUGUUGCAUCAUGUGCCUCCACAUGCAGCAACGGAAACUGAGGAAUGGAUGGUGCCAUGAAGGAGAAAGGGUUAGGAAAGAUGGAUCGCGAUUUCAUUUAUGCUCCCUUCCAAUUGGUGUACUGCAUGAAGCGGACAUGCUUUUCAAGCUAUGUGUUGGGUUCAAGUUUAAUUGUGUCAAACAUACCUUUACCAAUCUAGCAUAUAUAUUUGGACCAAAUUCACCCCAAUAUUUUUGUGUUGAUACCUUUAUCCUCUCUUUCUCUUUCAUAUCUGUGGAAAUAAGAUGGGGUAGUUUUGUUUCGUGUCAACAGCUUUUACCAAUCUAGCUUAUAUAUUUUACGUCUCAAA